GCAGAGAUGAUGACGAGUCCAUGGACCCUGGACCCCGCUGUGAUGCUGGACUACCUCGCCCUUCUCGAUGCAUCAUCAUCAUCAUCAUCAUUAUCAUUCUCAUCGCCGUCCCCUUCUCUACAGUCUCGAUCUUCCACACCCUCACAAGCAUCGACUAUCCUCGACCCAACAAGCCCAAUCCACUCCUCCACCGACGACGAAUAUCACAACACUACGAUCCACAACCACGCCCAACCAAAGAAACAACCCACGAACCCCCCGCGUAAACGCGGCCGGCCGAGGAUGAUCGACCAAACCACGGGAGAAGUCGACGACGCAGCUACGAAAGAGCGCCGCAAAAUCCAAAUCCGCGUGGCGCAGCGCGCCUACCGCUCCCGCCAGCAGGAACGCACCGCCCUGCUGACGCGACAGGUGCACGAGCUGGAGCAGAAGCUGCUGAUUGCGCGGAAUAUCUACCUCAACACGCACGCGGCGGCGGUGACGGGGUGCGUCCAUCCCACCGACCCCGAUGGGAGUAGGGGUGGCGGCGGAGGGUAUUCGCGGGUCCUGCAGGAGAAUCUCCGGCUGUUGCUGGCGAUUACGGAGGUGGAUGCAUCCCACAAGGGAGAGGCGACGGGGUCCGAGGGGGACGGGGAGGAGGAUGGGUGUGGUAGUGGUGGUGGAGGACGACCGUUCGAAUCGCUGGACAGCGUGAGGGCACGGGCACGGGCACGGUAUCCGCUCUACCCGGGCCAUGGGAAUGGGCUGUUGCCGUCGACGCCGGAGGGGUUGUUGCCGGGGGGUAUGUUUGAGGAUCCAUUUGAUGUGGAUCUUUGAGAAGGCGCUUUUUA